CGAACCGUUAAGCGAGCAACAUGCACUCCCAACUCAUCGCCAUCUUGUUGGCCACCGUGGCCAUCGGCUUCUGUAUCGCGAAUCCCACCAUGAUCUCUGGACCUUCGAAAAUGUUCGAGAUUAUGAGCGCGGCCAGUGAAAUCCAGCCGAGUAAUGCCCAGCUAAACAAGGCUUGUUUCAAUCACUUCAGUGAAGUUUACGAAAACGAAUGGAUUGAGUACCAAGUGCAGUUCAAUUUGUGCGGGGCUACGUACAAUAGCAGUCGUGAAGAAGUCCUCAAGGGGUACGAUUCCUCUGUCUGGAAAUUGAGUAAUUCCACCUUCGAGAGCUGCAUGAAUAUGCUGGACUGUGAUUUCCAGAAUAAUAGUCAAGAUGCUCUAUCCUGCUAUGUCAAUGAGGGUCCGAUAAGCUCCAAGAACUUGAGCAGUGUUGCAUUCAACGCUUCAGUUUUCUACGGAAACCAGGCAUUAGAGUUCGAUCAACUGAUACAUACCCGCGACUUCUGCUACAACAAUGCCGCCCGGGACUACGAGGUUCAAUCCGAGAAAUCCUAUGCUGAUUUCCAGAAAUGCUUAGCCGGCCAGUAUACUAUUCCGGACCCAACUACCACCCCAAGCCCCACAACACCAACCCAAUCGACCCCAAUAACUUCUUCGGCUUCCACAAAUCCAACUACAGAUUCGACAACCGAUUCGACAACCGUCUAUCCAUCAACAGCCUCAAUUCAGGCUGUUUCCCAGAAUGGGCAAGAAGAAAGCGGCAAGGAGAGCCGCAGGAGCCAGCUGGCCAGAAAACUGCAGAGUAUUCUUAACCGGAGACAAUAAAAUUAAGCAAUUUAAAAGUGAAGUGUAAAAAUAUAUAUAAAAGUUGUAUAAAAAAUAAAAACCAAACCUGCUUCUUUAAUCAACUGA